AUUACCACGACGCACGCUUCCCGCUGCCCAGCAUUAGAGGGCAUAUCGGACUCUAGGCCGCAGCUGCACAAGAGAAUGCAUAUGCGCUGGUUGAUAAUGACACAAACGAUGACGUAGUAUGCGAGGAAACAACCACCGAGAGCCCCCGCGAGGAGCAACUUUCAGCACCUUCAACACUCGGUCUCCAUAUGGGACUGGGCGUGCAGCCGGCUGAAUCAAAGUGGGACGAGACUUGGGACAACACGCCUGCAGCGCCGCGCAGCCAGCCGGGUCACGGAAACAGCACGGGGGUCGUCCAUCACUCGGCGAGCCUUGGUGCAUUGGAAGAAGCACGCUGGCCUCAGCCGCCGCGUCACGCAACAACACCUAGCACCAGUAUGACGCUCAGAGACAGGGGUGGCUUCGCCUCUUCACCGUGGGGACCCGUCGACCCCCGCUCGCAGAGUAAAUUUGACGCUUUCCUAAGAGGCCCGAUCGCAGCGGAGGUCAGCUACUGCCUGGUCAGCGCUGGGACGAUCCUGUUCAACAAGCAUGCGCUGAGCACCUUCGAAUUUCCAGCGCCCAACGUCCUACUGACAUUUCAGUUCGGGAUCGCGGUGGUGCUGCUCAAAGUGCUGCACCUUCUCGGCUUCCUGCACCUGGAGCCGAUGAGAUGGGACAUCGUGAAGCUGUGGUUCCCAGUCAAUAUCAUCUUCGUGCUGAUGAACGCGACGGGCUUCUAUGCUCUCAUGUCCGUGUCCGCCGGCAUGUUCACGGUGCUGAAGAACCUGUCCAACCUGCUCACAAUCCUGGGCGACUGGUACUUUUUCAACAAAACGUACUCGUGGCAGGUGUGGGCGUGCCUCGGCCUCAUGAUCCUGUCGGCGGGAUUGGGCGGCUGGACGGACCUGUCCUUCUCAGCGGAGGGUUACGCCUGGCAGUUAGUCAACUGCAUAUUCACCGCCGCGUACAGCUUGCACUUGUCCAGCGUGGUGCGUGCGGCGGGCAACGCGGCGGCCGCUAGCGCCGCAGGCUCGCACAAGGACGGCGGGCCGGGGGCGGGGCCGGGCGCCGCCAGCAGCACCGCCGACCGGGGCGGCUCCUCGCAGCACAAGUACCACGGGGAGCUGGCGGAAGCGUUGUCGCAGCGGCAUAGCGUGCGCGUGGACCGCGCCGGGGGGGACGGCGGAGGGGGCACGCAAACGGCGGGCGGCGUGCCAGGGGCGCGGCGCGGCGGCGGCGGCAAACUGAAUGAGCUCAGCAUGGUGUACUACAACAACGUGCUGUCAGUGCCGCCACUGCUGCUGCUGUCGCUCAUGUUUGGCGAGCCGAUGCGGCUGCGCAACUACCAGCAUGCCAGCAACCCGGAGUUCACGGUCGUGGUGCUCAUGGGCGCGCUGCUGGGCUUUGGCGUCAGCUUCGCCAGCAUCUGGUGCAUGAGCCGCACCUCGGCCACCAUCUACAGCCUGACCGGCAGCAUGAAUAAGGUGGUGGUGGCGGUGGUGGGCAUGUACGCCUUCCGCGAGCCCAUUAACUUCACCAACCUCCUCAGCAUAGCCAUGGGCCUGGGCGCCGGCUUCCUGUUUGUGUUCGCCAAGAGCACGCCGCAAGGGAAGGAGGAUAAGGAGAAAGACCGGAGCUCCAGACCGAACAGCUCCAUCGGCGUGGAGGAGGAGCGGCAGGCGCUGCUAGGCGGUGGCGAGGAGAGCGGGCAGAACGGGCUGGUAGGGGGCGCAAUAGUGGGGCCAUCCGUGGGGGCCGUGGGGGCCGGCCCCAACACAGGCAUCGUCAUCACGGUGGGCGCGGGCGGCGCCGUGGGAGGAGGCCAGAUGCUGUCGGCGCGAACCAGCGGCGGCGCGGCUGGGUUAGGCCUGUCACGCGUGGUGUCAACGGGCAGCGGGGGAGGCGGCAGUUCCGUGUAGUGAUGCAGCCCGAAGGUGCGGACAGGGUGCUACAGCAGGUACAAAAGCGGCCAUGACGGCAUGCGUGGAGGCCGCUUGUGCACUGGGUCGCCUUGUUGCGCAUGCGGCCCACGCCUCUACUGAUGUUAGGACUCGCAGCAUGUUGAGCGCCGGGGGAACUGACGCCUGCAGUGGCCGCGGCUGCAUGCCGCAUAUGCUCUCGCAUUGGUGUCGCCCUGGCAUUCCUGUGAGCCGCGAAACUGCAUACGUUUGAACGUGAUUUCACAUGCAGGAGUUGUUUGGGCUCGGGCGAUGCGGUACAUCGAUAACUUGCAAGCUGGUUGCGGCUGGAAGCCACCAUUAUAGUAACAACGAAUGCAUAUGGGCGUGGAGCGGUCAGGCGAGAGCAGGGUACGGUCUGCCGCGUCGCGUUGCGAGGGUGUCGUGGCCAGUGUAGGCCCCGGUCGCGGCUGUAGCGGACUCGGAACAGAGGUCUAGGUAACAAGUAGGAUAGCGGCACGUAGGUGCAGGACCACGGUGCAGGACGCUUGGCCCACAUAGUUGCAACAGAAGAUGCUCGGGGACUUGAUACUCGGUUUUAUGGCCAUUGGUCCGGGACAGCGUUCUUCCCGGCGUGCGCGUUUCAAGACUGUGCAUAGCUUGUAGACAACUGAGCAAGGCAUACGUAAGAGCCUUGGGGAAGUGGGCGAUUCGGGAUGCAGUGGCAAGGAAUGCGUUGCUGGACUAACUUAGGGGUAGGCGGUGGGCUUACUAAUGUCAGGGAAAGGCGGUGUGGACAGAAGGGAAGGGGAUUGCAUAUAAAGAGCAGGCAGCGCGUGAGGCUUGCAGCCGUGCUACGCGGUGUAACAACUGCAGUGACUUUCAACUUCAUCCUGGCCGCAAGCACAUAUCUGCCAAGUGUCCACGCACAACAAGGCGUGUGGGAAACCCUGCACCUGCACUCGAGCAGAUCACUACUGUACCCUACUGUACCAUGUCCCUGUCGUGCGGGUCGGGCGAGCCCCGUAUCUCCGCGCUCCGAACACUGGC